CAACGGCAGCUGCGUUCGGAGCGGAGGGUUUCAGCUAACGGUUAGCAGGAAGCUAAAACUGACAGAUACCGUUAAAAUCCGUUAAAUCUACGUCAAUAAAGUCGUUAGUCUGACCGAAGAUGGACUCAGACUCGCUGUUUUUCUCUCUGGAGCUCGUCGCCGGAAGCGGAAACACCGUGAGUUUGGAGCAGAAAGCCGCGCUGCAGACGUCAUUAGUGAUCCUGAAGAAAAACUACAAGUUCCAGAGAGUCUUAUUCUGGGGCAAAAUCCUGGGACUGAAGGAGGAUUAUUUUAUAGCGCAGGGAAGAGGGCAGGACGAGCUGCGGGACCGGAAGUACCUGUACAGCUUUAACUGCAUGGACUGGUUCCUGCUGCCUGCAGCUACAGACUCGAUGGCCUCUGAAGUGUCCAAAGCGGCUCGAGGUCGAUUCAUCGGAGAUCCUUCGUUUGUUUACGAACGCGUGGAGGUCAACAGGAAGUCAGAGGACGGAGCUGCAGAGGACGGAGUGGUGAACAAGGUGAAAGAGGAGACGAGGCUCUCGGUGACGGUUCAUCAGAUCGACCAGGAGGUUUCUGUGGUUCCUCGAGGAUCCUUCAUCAGGAACCAUCUGGGCCUCGUCAUCGUCAACCGCAGCUUCACCGGUCUUUCUGAGUCAGAAUCCAGAAAACUGGACAGUUUCUUUCACUUCAGGGAACCGAAGAACCCGAAGCAGAGAUUCGUCCUGCAGAACGGAGAGCUGAACCCGGCUGUGGACUUCCUGGACGUGCUGAGCGACGACGUUCCUAAAGGCUCGUGGAGUCUCCAGUUCGAAUUUGCCAGGAGAGUGUUAGUCCUGCGCAGCCUGCUGUGGCUCGGACUCACCUUCUACCACCUGCCCAGGACUCCUCAGCACGGGUACGUCUACUUCGGAGACGGAACCAAGAACCUGGACCUUCCCUUCAUGCUGUGAGGCGACGCUGUAUUCCUGUUCAAAUAAAACGUCCUAAAAC